AUGAGGACUGCGUUCACCUGUGCGCUUUUGGCGAUUUCGUUUCUAGGAAGCCCGUGUUUGUCCAGCGAAGACGGUCUCGAGCAAGGUUCCAUUGUGGAAACUACUACACAAAAUCUCUACGAACGUCAUUAUAGAAAUCAUCCUGGAUUGUGCGGGGCACAGUAUAGGAAUUCAAGCCAUGCGGAAGCCGUUUACAACUGCACGCUCAAUCAUUUGCCCCCAGUCGUGAAUGAAACCUGGGAAAGAAUUAGGCAUCGAAUUAACAAAACCAUACCUGAGUUCGUAAAUUUGAUUUGCAACUUUACUGUUGCGAUGCCUGAUGACUUCUACUUAGUUUAUAUGGGGUCAAAUGGAAACUCAAACUAUGAAGAGGACGAAGAGAGCACAGACACUGAUAACCAAGUUACAGAAGAGCUAUUAACAAAAGCAGAGGAAAACUGCACGGCGCAAAUAACUGGUUGGACCACUGAAGCCCCGACCACGCUGGAAACUACGACGGAGCCUCAAUUUGAGGCAAUUUCCUGAGGCAUCGUGUGCCGAUCUAUCACUCGGUUAUUUCACCGCGUGGUUUUGAUGCCCGUGCAAGCACAGUUCUGAUACGGGUGGCGAGGUGCUUAGCCGAGAUUGAUUUAAAUAAAAUUUGAUAA